UCUGACAUACGGUCACUGGUUUAGUGGGUUUAUUGUACUUGAGCUGAAAAUUGCUUCAUUUCACCCUAAAAUCGACUCAACAGGAACUCAUUCGGGCUUCAGUGAGUUUGUGUCUGUGAACAUGGAGACAGUCGGCACGUUGCUGCUCGUCCUCUUUGUUUCAGGUGCUUUGGCUGAUUGUCCUGGUGAAACAGCACUCUUCAUAACUGCACCAAAGACGAUGGAAGCACUGAGUGGAUCUUGUCUCCAAAUCCCGUGUAGCUUCACACUGAAAGAAGAACAGGAAUUUAUCAGCACAAGUAAAAUCUUUGGAGUGUGGAUUAAAAAUGAUUCUAGAUUUAACUAUAAACCAAACAAUGUGAUCUUCAACAGCAGUGGAGCAGUUAGCACCUAUCCAAUGAGUAUUACUGGGAACCUGAGUGAGAGAAAGUGCACCACUCUGUUUUCUAAUUUAACCACCACACACACAGACUUCUUCAGAGUAGAGAAAGAACCAUUCAAGGCGACAGCUUCAUGUCACCCUCUUCAAAUAAAAGUCAGAGAUUCUCCUUGGAGGCCCAGUAUUACAGUGUCAGGUGAUCUGAAGGAGAAGGAGUCUGUCACUAUAACCUGCUCAGCUUUCACCCCCUGUCCACACUCCCCUCCUGAACUCACCUGGACUCUCCAAAAAGACUCUCACAGCAAAAUAGAGGAAAACAGAGACGGAACCUUUACAACUAAAAUCCAGCAGAUCAUCACUCUGUCAGACACACACGAUGGACAGAAGAUCAGCUGCUCUGCCAGAUAUCCUGUCAGCCAAGGAGAAGACACCAAGACAGCAGAGACAGCAGAGACUCUCAGUGUUUCAUAUGCCCCCAAACAAACCUCAAAAUCCAUCAGUCCAUCAGGUUUGGUGUCAGCAGGCAGCUGGGUGAACCUGACCUGCUCCAGCAGAGCCAAACCUCCAGUCAGCAGCUUCACCUGGUUCAAGAAGAGCACAGAUGGACCUGUGAGCGUAUCUGAAGGACAGAUUUACAGCUUCAAUGUAACAGAUGGAGGAGUUUAUUACUGUGUGGCCACUAAUGAUCUGGGUAAUCAGACAUCAGCAGAGAUCCAUCUUAAUAUUGCACAUUCAUCGUGGAGGGCUGCUGUUGGAGGGAUCACUGGGAUCAUCAUAUUUAUCUGCUUUUUUAUUAUUAUGCUUUUUGUUUUUUGGAAACUGAAGUCAACACGUCAAGCUUCACAUCAGACACAGAGCGUGCCUCUUCAAGAAGCAGCCAGAACAGCAGAAAAUGAAGAUGUCCAUUAUGGAGACCUUGACUUCUCCAAGCAGACGCUCAGACCUGCUCUAGACUCAGUGCAGGAGAGCACACAGCAGCAGGAUUUUGUGUAUUCACAGGUCAAAGUGAGCAAGACUGAAAACAGCUUAACUCAGACAGGUGACGGUCCACAGUGCAUCUACUCUCAAGUGCAGAAGACAUGAGUGUUGAACAACCUUCAUUACAGAGAAAUGUUCUUUUGUGGUUCAUCAGAGGAAACCUCGUCAGCAUGUUCAGCAUGUUUAUUUCUGAUUUGGUUUGGUGAUAGCAGUUAAUACUGCUUCCACACAACUCUAGAAUAAACCCUUAAAAGUAAAUAUAUAUGUGUGUGUA